AGCACACACACACUCACACACGCCACCCGCUACAACACACCGCUGCACUCUGAUGGAGCCGCCAGUCUGUGCGCGUGAGUCCGGCAGAGGUUUGUGAGGAAGCCACGCUGCGGCUCUGAACCGACACCUUUCUCCUUCCAUCGGCGGGUGAUGGCGAACCACACCGCGGCUUGAAGGUCUCGCGCGGUGAGCAGCACCGGAGGAAGGUUUGACUGCGGAGCCCGGAGGAAUGCACCCGCUGCCGCACUGACACGGUCCGCUCAAGUCAACGGAGGUCAGUUCAGAUGCUGAUGCCUGAAGUUUACGCGCUACAUUCCCAAUGAGCUGCUCGGUGCCCACUGUGAAUGAAUGACGCCACCGCUUAACAGGUCCUUCCAGCAGAGAGGCUACCCUGCAUUAAAGGGACCGGGACUACUAACACAGAGCUUUCCAUAAAACAAACACCUUUUACUGAGCGCAUUUGGAAUCAUUUCCCCCCAUUCUUACUGUGGAUGUGAGCGCAGCGCAUCAGUCCUCUCUUGAAGGAACCAACAGAUCCAGUUCACAUUGAGAAGAAACAUGUGAAGGUUCUUGUGAAAGAUUGACCCACAAGUUGGCCUUCGACAAAAAAGGCAAACGUCACCUCCCUCCUUCUCCAAACCGUUCUCUCUGCUCAAUCAGUGGUUUCCUUGUAGGAUAGUAACCAUGGAUGGUCUGAAGGCUAAGCAAAGGACUUUCUCAUUUUACCCCAAGUUUGGAGUAGUUUUGGCUCUUUUUUUCUUCUGGCUUCUAGCAGUUCCUGCCAUAGAUGGGCAGACUUUCACUAGUUUCCAUCCUGAACGACGGGAUUGGGUUUUUAAUCACCUGACUGUUCAUCAAACCACUGGAGCAUUAUAUGUUGGAGCAGUCAACCGUGUGUACAAGCUGUCUGGCAACCUGACCCUCCUUGUUUCCCAUGAUACAGGACCCAAGGAUGACAAUAAGGCCUGCUACCCUCCUCUAAUUGUACAGCCCUGUUCUGAGCCCCUUGUGCCCACCAACAAUGUCAACAAGCUUCUGCUCAUUGAUUAUUCCCAAAAUCGGUUGCUGGCAUGUGGCAGUCUCUACCAGGGUGUGUGUAAACUCCUCAGAUUGGAUGACCUGUUUAUUUUAGUGGAGCCCUCCCACAAAAAAGAGCACUAUCUCUCCAGCGUCAACCAGACGGGGACCAUGUAUGGGGUGAUUGUGCCGUCACAGGGCCAGGACGCAACGCUUUUCAUUGGCACGGCAGUGGAUGGGAAACAGGACUAUUUUCCUACUCUUUCUAGCCGAAAGUUGCCACGAGAUCCAGAAUCUUCUGCCAUGCUUGACUAUGAGUUGCACACUGAUUUCGUGUCUUCCCUUAUCAAAAUCCCCUCGGACACACUGGCACUCGUCUCACACUUUGACAUCUAUUAUGUUUACGGCUUUGCAAGUGGCAGCUUUGUUUACUUCCUCACCGUUCAGCCAGAGACGCCAGAAAACAGCAUGUCAUCGAGUGGAUCCAGCAGCGAUCUCUUCUACACGUCCCGCAUUGUUCGCCUUUGUAAAGAUGACCGCAAAUUUCACUCCUACGUCUCUCUGCCUAUUGGGUGUGUGAAGAAUGGCAUUGAGUAUCGCCUGCUGCAGGCCGCCUACCUCGGCAAGCCAGGCCGGAUUCUUGCUGCUUCACUCAACAUAAGUGCCCAAGACGAUGUGCUGUUCACCAUCUUCUCCAAGGGCCAGAAGCAGUUCCAUCGACCGCCAGAUGACUCAGCUCUCUGCGUCUUCACAAUCCGAGACAUCAAUGCGAGAAUCAAAGAGCGCCUGCAGUCCUGCUAUCAGGGAGAAGGAAACCUGGAGCUCAACUGGCUCUUAGGGAAGGAUGUGCGGUGUACCAAAGCGCCUGUGCCCAUUGAUGACUCCUUCUGUGGUCUGGACAUCAACCAGCCACUUGGCGGCUCUCAGCUGGUGACCGGCCACACGCUCUACACUGAGACUCGGGACCGCAUGACUUCUGUGACUUCCUAUGUCUACAACGGCUACUGUGUGGCUUUUGUGGGCACCAGGAGUGGACGUAUAAAGAAGAUUCGCGUUGAUGGGCCUCCUAAUGGUGGCGUCCAGUAUGAGACGAUCUCGGUCAUAAAGGACGGCAGUCCUAUCCUCAGAGACAUGGCCUUCUCGCUUGACAACAACUUCCUCUACGUCAUGUCGGAGAGACAGGUUACCCAGGUUCCUAUCGAGUCCUGUGAGCAGUACGGGACCUGUGGAGAGUGUCUGAGCUCUGGGGACCCACACUGCGGCUGGUGUGUCCUGCAUAAUAUAUGCUCUCAAAGGAAGUGGUGUGAGCGAGCAGAUGAGCCGUAUCGUUUUGCUGCCUCCCUCAACCAGUGUGUCAAGGCCACUGUCUAUCCUGACAGCAUUGCAGUAUCAGAGCCAAGUGUGCCCCUGCUGGUGAAGGUAAGCGAUGUCCCGGACCUUUCCGUUGGCAUCACCUGCUCCUUUGGCAACCUGACAGAGAUUGAGGGGAGAGUAAACGGCAACCAGAUACUGUGUGUGUCUCCUGCUGCGAAGGACGUCCCGCUCAUACCGACUGACCAAGACUGGUCAGGUGUUGAGCUGAGGCUUAACUCUAAGGAGACUGGUCAGAUGCUCAUCAGCACUGAGAUCAAGUUUUACAACUGUAGUGUCCAUCAGCUGUGUCUGUCAUGUGUGAACAGUGCCUUCCGCUGCCACUGGUGCAAAUACCGCAACCUGUGUACCCAUGACCCGUCCAGCUGCUCCUUCCAAGAGGGGCGAGUCAACACCUCUGAGGACUGUCCCCAGCUGGUUCCCUCUGAGGAGAUUCUGAUCCCAGCAGGAGAGGUGAAGCCAAUCACCCUAAAGGCCAAGAACCUGCCACAGCCUCAGUCUGGCCAGAGAGGCUAUGAAUGUGUCCUCCACAUCCAGGGGGUCAGCCAGCGAGUUACUGCCCUCCGCUUCAACAGCUCCAGCGUUCAGUGCCAGAAUAGCUCGUAUCUCUACGAGGGGAUGAGGAUCAGUGAGCUGCCUGUGGAUUUUUCAGUGGUGUGGAAUGGCAACUUUAUUAUUGACAACCCAGAGAAUAUACAAGUGCAUCUGUACAAGUGUGCAGCCCAGAGAGACAGCUGUGGCAUGUGCCUGAAGGCAGACAGGAAGUUCCAGUGUGGCUGGUGCAGCGGAGAGGGAAGGUGCACGCUGCGACAUCACUGCCCUCUCAUCAACCCUUACACCACUCGCUGGCUCAACCUGUCCACCAAGAACGUGAAGUGUACCAACCCACGCAUCACUGAGGUGACUCCAAUAGCUGGACCCCCAGAGGGUGGCACUCGGGUGACCAUCCAUGGCACAAACCUUGGUCUUGCUUUCUCAGACAUGGUGGACAACGUGGAGGUGGCAGGUGUCAGAUGCAGCCCUGUGGAGGAAGGUUACAUCAUCGCUGAACUGAUUGUGUGCGAGAUGUCUCCCGCUCCGGUGGAUAGUCGACCAGGCCCCGUUCAGCUGUGCGUGGGUGAAUGCAAACCAGAACUCAAGGCUCGCUCCUCCCAGCUCUACUCCUUUGUGACUCCAACCAUCACAGGCCUGUCCCCGAGCAGAGGUCCAGAGUCUGGGGGCACCAAAGUCACCAUAAUGGGAGAAAAUCUUGGUGCCGGCAGCAGUGUCAACGUUCAUUUUGGGAACCAGACGUGCGAGUUCUUUGGACGGACCAUGAAGGAGAUAAUCUGUUACUCAGCACCAUCGAUGUCGGGGGUCGGCUUGGUUCAGAUCAGCGUGAGCGUGGAUAAUGCGCAAAUCAGGGAGAGCCUCACCUUUGAGUACAUAGAGGACCCCACUGUCCAGCGAAUCGAACCAGACUGGAGCAUUGCAAGUGGCCACACUCCUCUGACUGUGACAGGAACCAAUCUGGAUGUUGUUCAGGAGCCCAGAAUCAGGGUGAAGUACAGUGGCCGGGAGUCCGUAAACGUGUGUAAAGGACUGAACAGCACCACUAUGAGCUGCUUCGCCCCCUCCCUCAUGGCGGAAUACUUCCCGGGUUUGGACUCUGUGAAACACGCCGACGAGUUUGGCUUCGUCUUCAACAAUGUCCAGGCGCUGUUGGUCUACAACAACACUAACCUCGUAUACUACCCAAACCCUUUUUUUGAACCCCUCAGCACCUCUGGUGUCCUGGAGCAAAAGCCAGGUUCUCCAAUCAUUCUCAAGGGCAGAAACCUGAUUCCCCCAACGUCUGGAGGGGCGAAGCUUAACUACACUGUACUGAUAGGCGAGACGCCCUGCUCCGUCACAGUGUCUGAGAGCCAACUACUGUGCGAGCCACCCAACCUCACCGGCCAAUACAAAGUUGUGGUUCAAGUCGGAGGCCUCCAUGUUUCACCCGGAGCAGUGCACAUUAUGUCUGAGAGCCUCCUGACCCUUCCCGCCAUUGUUAGCAUCGCCGCAGGAGGCGGCCUCCUCCUCAUCAUCGUCAUCCUCGUGCUAAUCGCCUACAAGCGGAAGUCACGUGAAAACGAUCUCACCCUGAAGCGUCUGCAGAUGCAAAUGGACAACCUGGAGUCGCGCGUCGCCUUGGAGUGCAAAGAAGCAUUUGCAGAGUUGCAGACCGAUAUCAAUGAGCUUACCAGUGACCUGGACAGAGCUGGUAUCCCCCAUCUAGACUACAGAACAUAUGCCAUGAGAGUCCUCUUCCCCGGCAUUGAGGAUCAUCCCGUCCUCAGAGAACUGGAGGUGUCAGGCAACGGCCAGCAGAAUGUAGAGAAGGCCCUGAAGCUGUUUGGUCAGCUCAUCAACAACAAAGUGUUCCUGCUCACGUUCAUUCGAACGCUUGAGAUGCAACGCUCUUUCUCCAUGAGAGACCGCGGCAACGUGGCCUCGCUCAUCAUGACGGCCCUGCAGGGGCGUCUGGAGUACGCCACUGAUGUUCUCAAACACCUGCUGUCUGACCUCAUCGAUCGUAACCUAGAGAGCAAGAACCACCCCAAACUGCUGCUACGCAGAACGGAGUCGGUUGCUGAGAAGAUGCUCACAAACUGGUUCGCCUUCCUGCUUCACAAAUUCCUGAAGGAGUGUGCAGGGGAGCCGCUGUUCAUGCUGUACUGCGCCAUCAAGCAGCAGAUGGAAAAGGGGCCCAUUGACGCCAUCACCGGAGAGGCCCGCUACUCCCUGAGCGAGGACAAGCUCAUCCGCCAGCAGAUCGAGUACAAAACCUUGAUCCUGAACUGUGUAAACCCAGACAACGAAAACAGUCCAGAGAUCCCUGUGAAGGUGCUGAACUGCGACACGAUCACUCAAGUGAAGGAGAAGAUACUUGAUGCUGUUUACAAGAACAUGCCCUACUCUCAGCGGCCGCGGGCCGUCGACAUGGACCUAGAGUGGCGUCAGGGUCGAAUGGCUCGAGUUGUGCUGCAGGAUGAAGACAUCACCACUAAAAUUGAAAACGACUGGAAAAGACUUAACACACUCUUGCACUACCAGGUCUCAGACCGUAGCGUGGUGGCUCUGGUUCCCAAGCAAACCUCAUCUUACAACAUUCCUUCCUCAGCGAGCAUAACCCGUACCUCCAUCAGCAGAUAUGACUCUUCGUUCCGUUACACAGGUAGUCCAGAUAGCCUCAGGUCACGCGCUCCCAUGAUCACGCCAGACCUAGAAAGCGGUGUGAAGGUGUGGCAUUUAGUGAAGAACCAUGAACAUGGAGACCAGAAGGAAGGAGAUCGCGGCAGCAAGAUGGUGUCUGAGAUUUAUCUAACCCGGUUACUAGCUACAAAGGGCACUCUACAAAAAUUUGUGGAUGACUUGUUUGAGACAUUAUUCAGCACGGUUCAUCGAGGGAGUACGCUUCCCCUGGCCAUCAAAUACAUGUUUGACUUCCUGGAUGAGCAGGCAGACAGACACGGGAUUUACGACACAGACGUCCGUCACACGUGGAAAAGUAACUGCCUUCCAUUGCGUUUCUGGGUGAAUGUGAUCAAGAACCCUCAGUUUGUGUUUGACAUCCAUAAGAGCAGCAUCACGGAUGCCUGCCUAUCUGUGGUAGCUCAGACCUUUAUGGAUUCCUGCUCCACAUCAGAACACCGGCUGGGCAAAGACUCCCCCUCUAAUAAGCUGCUCUACGCUAAAGAUAUCCCUAAUUAUAAGAGCUGGGUAGAAAGGUACUACGCUGAUAUCACCCGGAUGCCGGCCAUUAGUGACCAGGACAUGAAUGCUUAUUUGGCCGAGCAGGCCAGACUCCACUCGUCGGAGUUUAACAUGCUCAGCGCUCUCAAUGAGAUCUACUCUUAUGUCAGCAAAUACAGUGAGGAGAUUGUCUCCGCUCUGGAGCAGGAGGAGCAGGCCAGGAAACAGAGGUUGGCCUACAAGGUGGAACAGCUAAUCUCUGCCAUGUCUCUGGAGAGCUGAAGGUGAACGCUGCCAAAACAAAGAGGGUGGGGGGAAGAAAGGACAGACGGACCUACCUAAAAGGUCAUUACUUACCUCUCAUCGUGGGAAAUUUUAACCACGAUCUGGAUGCGGGACCUUUGUAAUCUACAGCCGGACAAACACAACUGCUUUAGUUUGCGAUUCUUUCCCCCUGCCGUCACGUUGGUGCCCACAGGACUGAAACAGUGGCUCUUCAGCUGGAAAUAACAACUCUAUUGGAAAGGGACAUUGAGUUGGUUUCGUUUUCCUCAAAGGACCCUCUCUAGAUUUGGCAGGAAAUUGCAUGUCGUGUGGGUGUUCACAUGUGUGGGUGUGCAUGAGAGUGUGUGUCAUACUGAGGAAGACUUGUGUAAGACUGUGAAAGCAAAUGGAGAAACAGAUUUAGCCUUGAGGCCACCAUCUGAGUGAAAAAUGAGAAGAAAGGAAAACAAAGGUGAAAGGCCAAUGUCAUGUUGGCCAUUCAGAAUAGUCAGAUUUUAUUUUUCUACUCUGUAAAUGUGAAUAUCAUCAGCUGCAGUUCAAGAAAAUAUCCACUGAUUAUCCCUAACUCCGUUAUGUAAAGAUACCCAUUUUAUCUCACUUCUUCCCAUUUUGGACUGAUGCUUCACAGAAUAUGUACAUGAACAAGUGCUGCUCUAUGUGUGAUCAGAAAUGUAAAAGAAAUAGCUUCUGCUCUUAACUGAAAAGUGAGCAGCUUCUAAUUUUUGGAGUUAUAUUUUUGCCAGCAUGCAUGAAACACAAAACUGAGAGUAAUGCAGGCGAAGUGACCACAGACCUGCAUCACUCUGGUGUUAAAGGCUUUCCUCAGCAGUCUGAACAUUUGGUUUGGAGCAGUCCAUAUACUAUUCAAUGUAUAGGACUGUAUUGUUUUAUUUAUUUUUUAUUUUUUUUAUGUUCUGGAACAAACAGACAAACUCACAGAUGUUCAUUACAUUCCCAAAAAAUGUGUCUUUAAGGCAGCAUGCUCAACUUCCAGUGCACAGCAUACCCAAUACCUCACAUCAGAUGUGUAAACAUUUCCAAGUGUUUGGGUUUUAUCAAGUGCCAAUGAGUCAGUAGGGAUGUAACUGCAGUCCGCAGAUCAUCCCGUCCAUCUAAAGGUAACGUUUUAGCCCACAUCAUAAGAGCUCUACAUGGGUUCAGUUUGAUAAAGUGCCAAAAGAUCCCACUGUUUCAUUUCACUCUCUAAUGUGUCCAAAUCGGUUUAUGCUUUACAGACAGAGGAUAGAUUUUGGGUUGACUUCAAGGCUCAGAUAGCUGGACUGGUGAGUUUUGAAAGGUACAAUAUGAAAAUGGACUGAAAACUGAAAUUUAGAGGUUAAAAGAAAAAAAAUAUUCAUGCCAUUUUAAUGCAUCCCCUGAAUGAAACCAAGCCUAAACCUGUAGAUUAUAACCCUUCCGAGAGCUGAUUUAUUUUCUUCCAAGACAUGUUCGCUUGUUGUUUACAUUGAGUACUUGAAAAUAGAUUUGUAGAGUUUUUUUUGUGUGUAGAGCGCAUGUACCUGGUGGGUGAAAGGUGCUUCUUUUCUUUGUGGCCUUAGAUUCCCACCUGUUUAAUUUUCCCUGAUCGUACCAGUCCUUGGCCAGGACACCUGCUUUCUGUGAAUCCUGGCAUUGGCACUUAGCUGAGAACUGUGAGACUAUAUAAAAAGAAGAGGUGGAGAGGUUAUGGCCAGACUGAGGCAGGCAGCACCUCUCCCAGCUCUCGACUCUCCUUAGCUGUUUGAAGAGAAGCACAGAGAAAGCGAUGGAGGGGUAGAAUGAGUGAGAGAGAGAGAGAGACCCUUUAGCUCUGGUUUCCCCCUCUGGCUUUGAAGCCGUUCUUUGAUCUGAGUUUGGUUGUGUGUCUGUGAUCAGGAGAAAACGUCAAACUAAGGCAAUGAGAAAUGCUGGAUGACGUGAGGAAUCAGUGGCUGUUACUGCAUCUGGCCAGUGGGGGCAGGAGUGAGCACAGAGGUCUGUAGUAUGUUAAUGCACCUGCUGUAAUUAAAGCAAAAUUUGACAGUUACCUGCAAAAGUAUUCACAACCUGAGAGCUUUCUUUCAAUAUUUUCUUACAUGACAGCAUCAGAUUUCAAAUCUUAUGUAUUUUUGGGUAUUUUUACUGGUUAACUAGCUAAAUGUAAUGUAUACUGAUUAUUUUAUUAAUACAAAUCUGAAAAUAUCAACUUCAUGUAAACAUAGAACUUUCUUUACAUGUCUAACAUCUCCCCUCUGUGGCUUUGGUCUCUUUAAAUUGCAUUUCUUGUGGCUAUUUUUUUUACCAAUUCCCCAUCAAAUAAGUGCUUGACUGAUCAUUUAUUAAUAUCUGCCCUGUUCAGAUUCUUCCAUCUGAUUUAUGGAUCUCUGCUGCUCCUCCAGAGUUACAAUGGGCCCCAUAGGAGUAAAAUGGGGCUCAACACUAAAGCUUCUAGCACAAAUCUUUUAUUUAUAAAGAAUAAAAACCAUUCCCCUUUGAUUUUAGCUUUUUUAUUCUGCUUUGCCUCAUUUUAUCACAUAAUAUCUAAACAAGUGGAGUCUGUGUUUGUAACUUGAAUAAAUGGGGAAAAGCUCAAGGGAUGUGAAUACUUUUGCAAGACCAUAUGGACCUUAUUUCAUCCUUUGGACCUGUCUGAAGCAGACAUCAGACCCGAUUUCCACAAUCACAACAUUUAGCAAUCAUGGUUUCAGCUUACAUUUGACCUUAAAAAUGAAGAACAUGUUUCCUUCCGUGCCGCAGAAACAGUUCCUCUCCCUGCAGGAUGGCUGACCUUUAACUAAAAAAAAUCAGAAAAACAGCCUUAUGAGCUUAAUUGGAGGAAAAGAGGGAGCUUGCAAUCUAAAAAUGAGGUUUAUAUAAAAUAUCAAUUUUCCUGAAACAUCUUCGAGAUAUUAUCUGUUAAUCAGAAUAUUUAUGACACACUUACAGUAAAUUACAGGGUAAGGUCACCGUGUUAUUUGUUAAUUUUGUUGUUUUUUUUCCAUUUAUUUGUAAUUGUCUGAUAAAUACUUUUAGGUACAAAACGGUGCACACAUACUUGCAGUAUUUAGAGAAAAUGAAGCUUCUUCCUCCUUUUGAUGAAGGUGUCUUCCCAGUUUCAGCGACUAGAAUUGUAUCCUCCUCAUACCUCACAUUGCUUAUACAGAGUAAUGCUUUCUGUUUUGAUGGGACCUUAUUGCCUUUUUUUUCUUCCUUUUUUCAAGGAAUAAAUAAAUGUUUAACAGAAUCCUUCCAGCUGUCCUGUGAGUUCCCCAGUAACACAGGAUUGUGACAAAGUUAGGCUCCAACUGGUUAAGAAUGGCUUUAUUUUUCUCUCUUAAAUCAUUUGUUAUCCAGAUGUCUCCCAUCUGAUAUUUAUGCAUGCAUUCUGAUUUGUGCUUUAGUUCUGCCUUGUGUUUUUCUGUGGACAUAUCGAUCUGCGGUAUAAUUUAGCCUGAUGGCUAUUCUUCCAUUUGUACAUGUCUUAAAAUCGCAGCACCUUUUAUUGUGAAAAGAGAUUUUUUUGUUGUUGUUAUUGUUAUGAAGUGAUUGCUUGUGUUACUAUGUUGUACGCUCAUUUUAAUUUAAUUUUAAUAAAAGAGAGAAACGUUUCUUAACUCAUUCUGCAGUGCAGAAUUACAUUUGAUUACUGCCCGUUGUGAGAGACACGUAGAGAUGCUAGCAAACCUCAUUUCAGGUGAAUCCGAACACAGGCGGAAAAUGCUUUGUGAAACCUUCUUCCAGUUUCAGCUUGUUUCCUCGCUUGAUGGCACCAGACAGACAAAACUCAAGUCCCAAUCAAUGUAUUACUCUCAAUAUAAAGUGAGUAUCCUUCCAUUCUAAACACAUAUUAACAAAAAAAAAAAACUUUUUUGACACUGGAUUACUGUAAAAUAGCAAUUACUGGCAUUGAUGAUAAUAAUAAUAAUAAUGGCUGUCUGUUCUUGUUUUAUAAAAGUGUUGUGAAAAUUGUAAGAACUUAAAGUAUUUAAGAAGGUUGUUCUCUUGGUUUUUUAUUUGCUUUUGAUUUUAUUAUAAUAUAUUAUUGUGUACCUAUUGUAAAUAUGAAGCACACCUAUUUUGCAAGCCAAGGAUUCACUUUGUACUGUUGUUAUAUAUAAAUAAACUUUGCUGGUUAAAAUUCA